AUGAUGCGAAUGAUGGGUUGGGAAGCAACAGCACAAGGUUGGAGGAAAGGGCCUUGGACUCCUGAAGAAGAUAAGCUACUUACCGAGUAUGUUAACUUGCAUGGAGAAGGAAGAUGGAGUUCCGUGGCCAGGUCUUCAGGAUUGAAUAGGAGCGGCAAGAGCUGCAGGCUGAGAUGGGUGAACUAUCUAAGACCUGGGCUUAAGAGAGGCCAAUUGACACCUCAGGAAGAAGGGAUCAUUAUUGAAUUGCAUGCUUUAUGGGGUAACAAGUGGUCAACAAUUGCAAGAUACUUGCCUGGGAGAACAGACAAUGAGAUAAAGAACUACUGGAGGACCCAUUUCAAGAAGAAAGAAAAAUCAUCUCAAAAACUGGAGAGACAACGGGCUCAACUUCUGAAACAAAAGCAACAGGCCGCCGCACAGGCACAGGCACCGGCACAACAACUACAACAAGAAGAACAUAACAAAGUGGAAGAAAAUCAACAAAGCACGGUUUCCAUGCACCCCACGGAGGAGUACGAUCAAAUCUUGCUGGCUGUUGCUGCGUAUGAUGAUUUUUCAUCUGGCCUGUCGGAUCACUAUGUGGUAGCAGAUGAAGCGCUGUGGGAUGGACUGUGGAACUUUGAGGUUCCAUUGCAGCAUGGUCAUCAAGAAACAUGUAAUGGCAACAAGAUGGCCAUGCAAAAUCAGCCGGGGACGGCUAUUACUCCUGGAGGGGAAGCAAAUAAUAAUUUAUUAUGCCACCACCAAGGAAGCUAUAGUUUUUAAGAAGCAAGAAUGUGGUCAUUUGUAGCUUUUUAAUUAUUAUAUGUUUAAUA